CCUUCUUUGACGUACAUGCGGGUUGGCCGUCCUCCGCAUUUGCUCUCUGGCGCUCUUCGGAUCUGCGAGAUCCUCAUCCGCCUUCCGUCACUGCUCUCUGCCUUAGGAGCGCGCCGGCCGCAGGUCGCCGCUCUCCGUCUCCCAUAACGCACUGACUUCUGGCUCAAACUGCCCGAGUUGCAUUUGGGCACAAACAGGAAUUGGGAUAACCCCGAGUUGAUCGACAGCGCCUUCGAUGCCGUAAUCGAACAGGACUUGGGGGCUUCUAUGUAGAUGCAUAAGAUAAGGGUUUGAUCUCGUCUCCUCCAUGCUUCAUUCGAUUUUCCUGGGUCUUGUAGUCGAAACCAAGGCUCAAAGUCGAUGGGCAGCGAAUCCAAAGCCAAAGCGCCACCUAAAGUCGUGAAGCUUGACAAGGCGCUGAAAUUAGCUGAAGCUUGGGUUAAUAAUAUGAGCACAUCAGCAACUAACGAGCAGAGUGAAUUGGAAUUUGAGGGUCAACCUUCAAGGUUGGGUCUGGGGGCUAAAGUCACACCAAAAAUGAAAGUGGCAGUUUCAAGUGAUCCAGUUGAACAGAAAUUGCUUGGGAAGUUGAACUCAAAGAAGAAACUGUCUUAUGAUAACAUAGAGAAAGCUAGCCCAGUCAGAGAAUGCAGCAAGCGAUGAUGAUGAGAAUGAACCAGAGAGCAGAGAGCAGAACAAGUGCUUUCGUGAAGAAGAAACUAAUGCCUCCAACAACAUAUUUGCAGUCUACCAAGAAGAGAAAAUGACUUUGUAAUAUUGUCAGGUUUAAAUCGCGUAGUGAGGUGCAUUUUAUUUGAUCACAAAUUAAUUAUCAUUAUAGUUUUUUUUCCCCUUCACAUUUUGAAUCUUAGAAAUUCUCCCUGGAAAUUAUCUUGCAUUUCUGGACAUCUCUUUUUCUUUUUUUGCUUGAUCAGUCAAAUUAUCUUUUAUCUACAAUGUUUCACUUCAUUACCUUGGUUUAUGAUCCUUCUUCUUGAACUUGAUCGGCAGUGUUUAUCGACUAUUAUGAUCUUACCUAAAUUUUUACAUCUGAGAAAGUUGAUCCAGGCUAGGUCAAUCCAAUAUCCAGUGUUUAAAAUUGAGUGCUUAAUCUACCAUAUGAUGUCAAAUCUUUGCAAGCAUGAAUUAUACAUGAGGACAUAUAUAAGUAGCCACAACUGCAUGUGAUAUCAUGAAUAGGUUACAAGAGAGACAUCAAGAAUCAAAACAUGAUGAUUGUAUACUAAACUGGCUAUAAAUUAAAAUUGAAGGUUGAAAAUUUUAUAAAGAAUAAACUUACUUACCGAAGUUUGAGGAUUGACUUAUUAAAUACUGAGGAUGUAAAAUAUCUGAUAAAUCUUAAAAGUUGUCAACUACUUAGUUGAUAAAACAUUUUGACCCUUGAUAAGCAGCAGGGUCUUGGAAUCAAAUAUAUCACUUAUCCUUUUAUCCUUUGGAGCUCAAAAAGACAACCAACAACACAACAUAUAAACAAUUAAUGGUCAAUGCCUACUAUAGCUUAAAAUUGCCCAACAUACAAUGCUUCUUUUUUUUUUGGUCAAAGCAUAAAUAAAAAAAAAUUCUGAUCAAACACUUUUAUAUAAAUUGAGUGCUUAGCUUCUAAAUGGUUGAGAACUGUGAUACAUUGCUGACCCAUUUUAAAU